UCACAAUCACCCUUUUCAGUUCCUUCGUAUUCCCAUUUCUCUCGCUCGAGUUCCAUCCCACCUCAAACCUACAGAGACUUGGUCUCACAGCGCCUGAUAAACAACACGAGAAACUGUGAAUUGAGUCAAUUUAUAAGAACCCUUUUCGACUCUCUCUGCGAAUUAAUCUAUAUAUAUUCAUAUACACGCACUGAUUUGCAUCUGCAAGCUCUCUAAUAGCUGGUCAAAUAAUCAUCAUGCGAAAUUCAAUCGGAGACGAAGAUUCAUUCGACUGUCGUGUUUUGAAGAAGACCGCCCGUCUCCCUCUUCCGGUUGAUAGUUACAUCGAUCUGGAGGAUAGUGAAGAGGAGGAAGAAGAAUCGGAUUUAGAAAUUGGAUGCCCCUAUUGUUCGGAGGGAUUCGAUGCCCUAGGUUUGUGUGUUCAUCUCGAGGAUCAACAUCCAAUUGAAAUCAAGUCGGGGGUAUGUCCGCUUUGUGUUACUAAUAUGGGGAGGAACAUGAUUUCUCACUUAAUCAUUCAACAUGAAAGCAUCUUGAAAAUAUCCUUUUUAUCUUGA